AUGACAGCGCCACCGUCGCGCGCUGCCUCGCCCCCUGCCCGCGCACCUUCUAUUGCGGCUUCUGCGCCUGUUCUGUCGCGCAAGCAGACUGGAGCGCCCGCUUCGACCACCUCGAUGACCACUUUUCCGGGCGCAAAGGAGGGGAGCAAGUGGCGAUGGCAGCAUGGACGGAGGAGGGUGAGGGUGCCGAAGGGAAAGGUGCCGAGCGUUAAGGCGAAGGGGAAGGUGGAGGGGAAGUUGGAGGUUGGGGGGCCGAAGAAAAAGGGGUUGAGGGUCCCGAGUCAGGUGGUUAGGGGGGUGGAGGUUACGAUUAGGGGGGGGAGGGAUUUGGUUAGGGAGGGGAGGAGGAGGUUUGCGAGGGCGGCGCAGGAGGGGGAGAAGAGGGUUAAGAGUGUGACGAAGGAGGGGGGAAGGCAGGUGAAGAGGGCAUGGGGGGGGGUUAAGAAGAGUGUCCCGAAAUCGUUGAGGAAAGAGAUGAAGUGA